AUGUGCCCUAGCACACCCGAAAACACCGCCAUUUUACCUUCUGCAGUCACCGAAACCGUUUUCAAACCCACUUCACACUUGCUUUUUAUCCGUCCACUUUCGGCCCCCGUUCAGUCUCGUUCAAACAUCGCUGCCUUAGCGUCCAGCCCAACAUUUGCGAGUCCGGUUGCUAGCGCCUUUUACGGUAAUUCCUGUCUGGACGCUACUAUCGUGUGCCAAUCUGGCUGGGGUUUGGCUUUGGGCAGGCUUGUGCGUGUGCUCGCCUGCCUGGUCCACUAA